AUGGCCUACUAUGCUAAUUCUGUAGCGGUAUUGUUAGAGGGGGGUAAAGAUAAAGUUUUGUUGGUGUGCCAGGCAGGAUUUACCCUCGUAGCAAGGCCGUUUUAUCAUGUGGAGGUUUCAUUCGGGUCUCUAUUUAAAAAAACACUGUCUUUGUCAGGAGAAAGACCAGAUUCAGAGGAACCAGAGCCAGGGACGUCUAAACCAGCAAGACGACACCAGUGUUCCCACUGUGGAAAGGGUUGUAACCACUUAUGUGAGCUGAAACAACAUGAGAGAAUACACACCGGGGAGAAGCCAUACCACUGCUCCCAGUGUGGAAAGAGUUUUAACCAGAAAGGAAACCUGAAAACUCAUGAGAGAAUACACAUAAGGGGGAAGCCUUACCGCUGCAUGCAGUGUGGAAAGAGUUUUCGCCAUAAAGGAAACCUGAAAGCUCAUGAGAAAAUGCACACAGGGGAGAAGCCUUACCACUGCUCCCAUUGUGGAAAGCGUUUUAACGAUCUGGGGAAGCUGGAACGGCACGAGAGAAUACACAGAGGGGAGAAGCCUUACCACUGCUCCCAGUGUGGAAAGGGUUGUAACGAUUUGGGGAAGCUGAAACGGCAUGAGAGAAUACACACAGGGGAGAAGCCUUACCACUGCUCCCACUGUGGAAAGCGUUUUAACGAUUUGUGGAAGGUGAAACGACAUGAGAGAAUACACACAGGGGAGAAGCCUUACCACUGCUCCCACUGUGGAAAGUGUUUCGACCAGUCAGGGGAGCUGAAACGGCAUGAGAGAAUGCACACAGGGGAGGAGCCUUACCACUGCUCCCAGUGUGGUAAGGGUUGUAACGAUUUGGGGAAGCUGAAACGGCAUGAGAGAAUACACACAGGGGAGAAGCCUUACCACUGCUCGCAAUGUGAAAAGAUGUAUAACGAGAAAGGUCACCUGAAAGCUCACGAGAAAAUUCACACAGGGGAGAAGCCAUACCAAUGCUCCCAGUGUGGAAAGUGUUUCACCUGGGCAGGGGAUCUGAAAAAACACGAAAGAAUACACACAGGGGAGAAGCCUUACCCCUGCUCCCAGUGUGGCAAGUGUUUCAACGGGACAGGGGAUCUGAAAAAACACGAAAGAAUACACACAGGGGAGAAGCCUUACCCCUGCUCCCAGUGUGGCAAGUGUUUUAACCAGUUAGGGGCCCUGAAACAGCACAAGAUAAUACACAUAGGGGAGAAGCUUUACCAUUGCUCCCAGUGUGGCAAGUGUUUUAACCAGUUAGGGACCCUGAAACAGCACAAGAUAAUACACACAGGGGAGAUGCAUUACCACUCCUCCCAGGGCGCAAAGCUUUUGCCCAUUUAGGAAGCCUGAAAGAGACACAGAGGAGAAGGCUUACAGAAGAUUAGAUUUUGGGAAAAGAUGUUACUCAUAACAAUCACUUAAAUGUCAUUAGAGAAUCCACACAGGAGAGAGAAAUUACUUCUCUUAGCAUAUAUUGAUAUUUCACAUCUCAUUGACUCACAACUCAUCAGAGAACAUACACAGU